CUAUCAUUCUCUGUGUGACUCCUUUAAACAGUAACAUGCAUGUACCUUUUGUGGGGCUUUAAUCAGGCACUUUUGGACUUUAGCUCCACAUCGACCUGGUUAGUGAGGCAAUCCAUGAAGUCUCAAAAUCUCUCAGGGCAAAUCUUUGCACUUUAUCUGGGUGCCAAACAGAACAGCAUUGGACAGAUUUUGCUUCUUUAAACUUUACAAGAAAGAUGACGACCUUUGACGAUCUGCUGGAGGAAGCCGGCCCUUUCGGACGCUGUCAGAAGCGAAUCUUCUCCCUUGUCUGUCUCUUGUCACUGCCUUUUGCAGGCGUUUACGUGGGCAUCGUCUUCCAGGGUUUCACGCCGGAUCACUGGUGCCGUGACCCUUCAGUGGUGGACAAGAGGCAGGUCUGCGGCUGGAGCCAGGCGGAGAGUCGCCGGCUGGUGCCGGUAGUCAACAGCUCCGGAGUGCUGCAGCACAGCAGUUGUGAGCGGUACGAGGUGGACUGGAACGCUUCAGCACUCACUUGUGACAGCCAGCAGCCGAACCUGACUGGCUUUCCAAUUACAGCAUGCAAGGAUGGCUGGGAGUAUGAUUAUCCAGACAGGAAGUCAUUUGUCACCGAGUUUGACCUGGUGUGUUCAGACGGGUGGUUGGUGGACAUGUACCAGUCCACUCUCAAUGUGGGCUUCCUCGUCGGCAGCUUUGCUUUUGGCUUCUUUGCCGACAGGUUUGGCAGAAAGAUUAGCCUUCUUGUGUCCAACAUCAUUAGUAUAAUAGCAGGGAUGGUGAUGGCUGCCGUCCCAAACUACAUCUCCAUUCUAGUCUGCAGGACCAUCUUUGGCUUCAGCGUAAAAGGAGGAUGGAUGGCCACAUAUGUGCUGCUCACAGAGAUUGUUGGAGUGGAGUACCGGCGCACGGUGGGCAUCUUGUUUCAGAUGUUCUUCAGUGUCGGUGUCCUCGUUCUCCCUCUGCUCGCUUACUUCAUCACUGACUGGCGUUGGCUGCAGGUUGCUAUCACUGCACCGUACUUUCUUUUCAUGUCCUACUACUGGUUCAUCCCUGAGUCUCCAAGGUGGCUAAUUUCUCAAAAGAAGUGUUCUCAAGCUCUGCUGAUCACUGAAGCGAUGGCCAAGGAAAACAAGAGGGAACUUACCAAGAAUUUUGAGACACUGACUAGUGAUGAAGUUGAGCACACAUCUGCCUCUUUGCUGGAUUUGAUCAGAACUCCAAAUAUGAGAAAACACACCCUUAUCCUCAUGUUCAACUGGUUCACAAGUGCUGUGGUUUAUCAAGGCCUCAUCAUGCGGGUGGGUAUAGCAGGAGGAAAUGUUUACAUUGAUUUCCUCAUCGCCGGGCUGGUGGAGUUUCCUGCCGCCUUUCUUAUCCUUUUCACCAUUGAGCGCAUCGGCCGGCGCCUCCCAUUUGCCACCGCCAAUAUAGUAGCUGGCAUUUCCUGCAUCAUCACUGCAUUCAUUCCUGACAGCAUGUUCUGGUUAAAGACGAUAGUGGCCUGUAUUGGAAGGCUGGGAAUCACCAUGGCCUUUGAGAUGGUGGUGUUUGUUAAUACUGAGCUCUACCCAACAUUUGUCAGAAACCUGGGUGUGUCGGUGUGCUCUACUCUCUGCGAUGUUGGAGGUAUUGUGUCUUCCUUCCUGCUCUACAGACUGGCUGUCAUCUGGCUGGAACUGCCACUCAUCAUUUUUGGAAUAGUGGCACUCAUAGCUGGAGGUUUGGUGCUGCUGCUCCCUGAAACCAAAGGCGUUCCUCUUCCUGAGACUAUCGACGAUAUCGAGUUCCCCAAUUGGAAAAAGAAGACAGAGGAAAAACUACAAGUGAAGAAACUUUUAAUAUCACAUCUGACAAAAGACAGAGAAACAACUGUAUAAUGGAAUUUUACUACCAUUAAUAAGAUCAAAAUUUUCAUCUCUGUAAAAAGUGAUUUUCCUAUUUCAUUUUUACUUCGCCAUCAUAGAAAAAAUAAAGAUAGCAUCAAUUAAGGUCAGCAUGCAAACUCAAACAGCAUACAUGUAAAUACUUUCAAGCACAUAAUGAACAGUCAUGUUGUGCAACCAGCCACAUUUAAUGCUGGAUAGUUUUAGCCGGCUUUAAUGGUUCUAUCAAUCCAAUCGACAAACUUUGACACUCUAGCAUAGACGCCAGGUUUCAUGGCGUUGGCACAUCCCAAGCCCCAUGACGUCACACCCUGCAGGACAUACUUGUUCUGGGAAUAGCACACCAGAGGACCUCCGCUGUCGCCCUGCAGGGAGGGGAAAAAACAAAAACAUAGCAGUAAGUAUCUUUGACACUCUGACUCAUAUAUUGAAGUAGUUCAAUAUUUAAUAUAUUAAUUUAUGUUAUGUUACCAAAAACAGACUUCAAAAGACCAACGGAUCUAGCGGCAGUACAGUUGUCAGAGGGCAGCUGUGAGCUAUCUCGCCAUAAAAGUGAAAACCAGUGAAAUUAAGUUUCUAAAAAGAGUAACAAUCGGAGCCAUUGAAGAUAGUUUCUUUGCCAAAGUUAUUCGUGAUAGUUUUUCUUCCAGGAAAACAAGAAAAUAGCUAACUGUCUUGUGGGUGAAGGUUAAAAAAACAAAAAAUAACAACAAAGGUUUGCAUGGUAAAACAUUGGACCUAUUUUUGUGGACUACAGCCCUGAAAUUUUCUAGAAAUGUUUUGGAUUGCAUGACUAUAAAUGUCCACAUAAGGCAUUUUGAUGGGUUUAUCCCGUCAGUAGAAUUGUAAGUCCCAAAAAUAUCCUUACCGGUAAUCCAUAUUGAGCACAGCAAGACAAAAAAAAAGUCUAGAGCGUUUCUGCCAAUAAAGGUUGUAACUUUAUUCCAUUCCCCUGCUGCUUUAUGUGCUGGUUUUCACUAGCCAUAUUGCAGGCAACCAUAGAGGAAAUGCAAACAUCAAAGACAUACGCAGUCAUUAUUAUGGAUAACUAAGGACAUUAAUCUGCCAUCUUUGUAAAUAUAACACUUUUACCCCUGUGGAGUGUUAACAUAUGUGAAAACUAUAGAGAUUCUCAUGUUUUGCAGUAAAUGUAUGAACCAGUAACUGAAGAGAAACUUAUAACAGUACUUGUCAAGCACACCGCCAAGAAUCUCUGUAAUUACUUUGAACCCCUACAUGUGACAAGAGCUCCAACUCUCCAAUCAGCUUGAAUUUUAGCUGCACUUCAUAAUAUAUGUUGAAUAUAAAAAAUAUCCAAAAACAUUUCGGAAAAGCACUUUCACUUAAAUACUAAUGUUUAAAAAAAUGUAUUGGAAUUAUUGUUUAGAGAUUAAAUUAACUAUUUAUAUGUAACCUAUACAUACAUUUAAGAUGUUUGCUCAGAGGAACUUCUAAUUGACUGAAAGCUUGUGGUAAUUGAAUUUGAAGUUAAUUCAACUUGACAUCUCCAUUAUAAACCUGUAAAGUGAAGGUGUCUGUAAAUCUGUAAAAAGAAUUGUGCAGUCAUGUAGAAUAUGUCCAUACCUGGCAGCUGUCAGUUCCUCCCUCAAUGUUUCCAGCACACAUCUCAUGGUCCUUCACUCUGCCGUUCAAGUAUGAUGGACGAUUACAGAUCUUGUUCUCAAUGACAGGGAAACCAGUUUCCUUCAGGACACCUUCACCCCCCGUACCUGAAACACAACUUUCUGCACUUAACCCACUCGUUCACAGCACUUUAUUUGCAGAUGUGAUGUCACUGUUACUGUGCGCUUGUUGUGCUGUCAUGAAAUAUUGUUUUAUCUUACCAUAUACACUGUUUGAAUAUUGACUACAUAAACAUUUUAAGUUGUUAAAUAAAUGCCUGAACAGAAUGAAAAAAAGGUCUCUAUU